AGCGCACAUUAUAGUCGCACGGGAGCGUCAGUAACAACUGGGAUUGUUGUCAAAUAUCCUGCUAUUUUGAUCCUUCAGCUUAUGUCGUUGCUGAAAUGAAUUGUUGGUACUGUUUGCUAGGUCUUUCAAAUCCCAUUUCCGAGGAAGCAUUAUUGAAAGUUAUUUAGCCAAGCUUGUCGCUUGGCAACAUACUAAUCGUUUCGUACAUACUUCCUCGGGAGUGUGCAGACUGUAUUCUUACCGAAAGCCCCAUCAACACACAAAAUGCCGUUUCUGAGACCUCGAAAGCCAAAAGAAAGCCCCUGGAAAGAAUGGGAUCGAAACGCGCAGAAAAACGGAUUGAGAAGCACUGUUUACACGGUGAACGGGGAUGAAUACACGGGAGAGUGGCGGGACAAUAAGAAGCAUGGAAAGGGAACACAAAAGUGGAAAUCUAAUGGCGCCAUUUACGAUGGUGACUGGCAGAAUGGAAAAAGAAGUGGCUUUGGAACCUACAGCUUACCUGAUCCAGUCAGUGGAGAAUAUAAAAAAGUAUAUUCAGGCGAAUGGAAGAAUGACAAAAGACAUGGCCUGGGAACCAACUUUUAUUCAGAUGACGAUAUUUACGAGGGCCAGUGGUAUUAUGACAAGAGGGAUGGCUGGGGUAGAAUGUACUAUGCAGAUUGCUCUACUUAUGAAGGUGAAUGGUCUAAUGACUUGCCCAGUGGUCAGGGAAUGCUCCGUCUUGCUAAUGAAAAUCGCUAUGAAGGUUUCUGGAAAAAUGGAAAAAAACAUGGAUCAGGAAAGUUUUUCUUCUUCGAGAAAGGUCAACUAUAUGACGGUGUGUGGGUAGACGACAUCCCAAAGUGUGGUAAAAUGAUUGAUUUUGGCCGAGAAGAUGCUAGUAAUCCUACUCGCUAUCCAAUACCACAGAUAAAGCUAAGAAACCCUGCUGCCAUAUUAAAGGAAGCCAGAUCACACUUUCUGGAUGAAAAUAAUAAGACCUCCAAUCAACAUUUCAUCUCUUCUACAACUUAAAGACCAUACAAUUCAAGCUUUGGAAUGUUCCUGGCAUAUAUCUAGCCUUUGAAGAAUGACAUUCUGUCUAAUCGGUCUUUAAAUAAUCACAAAUAGCGCAUUUGCAAUUUGUGAAAAGCUUCUGAAAUAACGCUAGCAGAAUAUUGCUGUAGCAUUAAUUUUGCAACAUGGGAUAAUCUAAAAUUUUAACACCUAAUGGUUAAGCACUAUUGCUGUGCUGAGGAUUGACAUCGUGUUGGUGGGUUGGUUUGCAUUGUGGCUGGUGAACAUAAUUGAUAACCAAGUCUCAACAAGUUUAUUUGCAAAGCAAGAUUUUUGUUUAUGUGUUUCCAUUUUACUUGCCUUAUUUACUCUACACCUUCACCAAAGUCCAUCAGCUAUUCAUGUGACUAACACAUUUCUUUAGGACAAUAAGAUGGUAGAUUUCAUGAUUUCUUCUAAUUUCUUUUUCGGCUUUGCUAGAGUACGAGUUUUUAAAAAGUAUUUUAGCACAUCAUUCCGACAAAUAGAUUCUUAACAGCUUUCAGUACUAAAUUAGAACCUAAUUAAGUAUUGAAAGCUAUGUUUAAAUUGCUAAAUGCAAGUUUAAUAGUUCAACAUUAGAGGAAACUAUGUUUGAAUUGCUAAAUGCAAAUUUGGGGGGGGGGCA